UACUUUACUGUCCUCUUUGGCCAUGAAGGUCAGAAACCACUGGAGCUGCGCUGUGAGGAGCAGCAGGACGGUAAAGAGUGGAUGGAGGCCAUUCACCAAGCCAGUUAUGCAGACAUUUUGAUUGAGAGGGAAGUGUUAAUGCAGAAGUACAUUCAUCUAGUUCAGAUCGUAGAGACAGAAAAAAUUGCAGCUAACCAACUACGGCAUCAACUCGAAGAUCAAGAUACCGAAAUCGAAAGGCUUAAAUCAGAGAUUAUCGCUCUUAAUAAAACCAAGGAAAGAAUGCGGCCUUACCAAAGCAAUCAGGAAGAGGAUGAUCCAGACAUCAAAAAGAUUAAAAAGGUUCAGAGCUUCAUGCGAGGAUGGUUGUGUAGAAGGAAAUGGAAGACCAUCGUGCAGGAUUACAUCUGUUCUCCUCAUGCUGAAAGUAUGAGGAAGAGAAACCAGAUUGUGUUCACUAUGGUCGAGGCUGAGUCAGAGUACGUUCACCAGCUCUACAUCCUGGUCAACUGCUUCCUCCGGCCCCUACGAAUGGCCGCCAGCUCCAAGAAGCCCCCCAUCAGCCACGACGACGUCAGUAGUAUUUUCCUCAACAGUGAAACAAUCAUGUUUCUUCAUGAAAUAUUUCAUCAAGGACUGAAGGCAAGGUUAGCAAACUGGCCUACUUUAAUUUUAGCUGAUCUGUUUGAUAUCUUGCUCCCCAUGCUGAACAUUUAUCAAGAAUUUGUGCGUAACCACCAGUACAGCCUCCAAGUGCUUGCCAAUUGUAAGCAAAACAGAGAUUUUGACAAACUCUUGAAACAGUAUGAAGCCAACCCUGCCUGUGAAGGGAGGAUGCUAGAAACGUUCUUGACCUAUCCGAUGUUUCAGAUCCCCAGGUAUAUCAUCACCAUUCAUGAACUGCUCGCUCAUACACCCCAUGAGCAUGUGGAGAGGAAGAGUCUGGAAUUUGCAAAAUCAAAACUAGAGGACCUGUCCAGGAUAAUGCACGAUGAAGUGAGUGACACUGAAAACAUAAGGAAGAACCUUGCCAUAGAAAGAAUGAUCGUGGAGGGCUGUGAUAUUUUGCUGGACACCAGCCAAACUUUCAUCCGCCAAGGUUCUCUUAUUCAAGUGCCUUCCGUUGAGAAGGGGAAACUUAGUAAAGUUCGCCUGGGUUCAUUGUCUUUGAAAAAGGAAGGAGAAAGACAAUGCUUCUUAUUUACAAAACACUUUUUAAUUUGCACAAGAAGUUCAGGAGGAAAGCUGCAUCUGCUCAAGACAGGUGGGGUUCUCUCUCUAAUAGAAUGUACCUUGAUUGAAGAGUCAGAUGCAAGCGAUGAUGACUCCAAAGGUUCUGGGCAAGUGUUUGGACACCUGGAUUUUAAAAUAGUGGUGGAGCCCCCUGGUGCCGCCCCUUUCACUGUAGUCUUGCUAGCACCUUCACGCCAGGAGAAAGCUGCCUGGAUGAGCGACAUUAGUCAGUGUGUGGACAAUAUACGGUGUAAUGGUUUAAUGACUAUAGUGUUUGAAGAGAAUUCCAAAGUCACUGUGCCACAUAUGAUUAAGUCUGAUGCCCGUCUUCAUAAAGACGACAUCGACAUUUGCUUCAGUAAAACACUCAACUCCUGCAAAGUGCCCCAGAUCCGUUAUGCCAGCGUGGAGCGCCUCUUGGAGCGGCUGACGGACUUGCGGUUUCUCAGUAUCGAUUUCCUCAACACCUUUCUGCACACCUAUCGUAUUUUCACAACGGCAGCCCAGGUGCUGGCGAAGCUUUCUGACAUAUACAAGAGGCCUUUUACCUCCAUCCCGGUCAGGUCACUGGAAUUGUUUUUCGCCACCAGCCAGAACAGCAGAGGUGAACAUCUGGUUGAUGGCAAAUCUCCACGCCUGUGUCGCAAAUUCUCUUCCCCACCACCCCGAGCCGUGUCCAGAACAUCCUCCCCAGUGAGGGCCAGAAAGCUGUCCUUGACUUCUCCCUUGAAUUCAAGGAUAGGAGCCUUGGACCUGACCACCGCCUCGGCGUCCAGCAGUCCCACCACCCCCCACAGCCCUGCUGCGUCCCCACCGCCGCACACUGCAGCAGUCCUGGAGUCCGCCCCCGUGGAGCGAGCAGCAGUGGAGAGCUCCCCUGCGGUGGACGCCACGGAACUUUCACCUGGCAGGUCGCCCUCAACGCCUCGGCACCUGCGCUAUCGCCAGCCUGGAGGACAGAUGGCUGACAGCUCCCACUGCUCUGUUUCGCCUGCUUCUGCCUUUGCAAUUGCCACAGCUGCAGCAGGACACGGGAGUCCACCGGUGUAUUUCCUAGGCCUUCUAACCCGGAGGCCUUCUACUUCUGAAGAGUUAAGACAGAGAUGCUGGCUUGAAUUGAGAGAGGCACACGAGGGCCAUCAUUUCUUCAAGACAGAGCACUUCUCAGCACCGUGCACAUUUGCUCCACAGGGAUUUAACAACACGGACAGAAUAUGUGACAAAGAGUUUAUUAUCCGUAGAACAGCCACCAAUCGAGUACUGAAUGUCCUCCGUCACUGGGUCUCAAAGCACGCACAGGAUUUCGAACUCAACAAUGAACUAAAGAUGAACGUCCUAAAUUUGCUAGAAGAAGUUUUGCGAGACCCAGACCUUCUUCCCCAAGAAAGGAAAGCCGCAGCCAAUAUCCUGAGAGCUCUUUCACAAGAUGAUCAAGAUGACAUUCACCUAAAAUUAGAGGAUAUAAUUCAACUGACGGACUGUCCGAAGGCCGAGUGCUUUGAGACCUUGCCAGCCAUGGAGCUGGCUGAGCAGAUCACCCUCCUGGACCACAUCGUCUUCAGAAGCAUUCCCUACGAAGAAUUUCUUGGGCAGGGUUGGAUGAAGCUGGAUAAAAAUGAAAGAACACCUUACAUUAUGAAAACCAGCCAGCACUUUAAUGAUAUGAGUAACCUGGUGGCCUCCCAGAUCAUGAAUUACGCAGAUAUCAGCUCUCGUGCCAACGCAAUUGAGAAGUGGGUGGCGGUGGCAGACAUUUGCCGAUGCCUGCACAACUACAACGGCAUGCUGGAGAUCACCUCAGCCUUGAACAGGACCGCCAUCUACCGGCUGAAGAAAACCUGGGCCAAGGUGUCCAAGCAGACAAAAGCUCUAAUGGACAAACUUCAGAAGACUGUUUCAUCUGAAGGAAGAUUUAAAAAUCUCAGAGAAACCCUUAAAAAUUGUAACCCCCCAGCCGUUCCUUAUCUGGGGAUGUACCUGACAGACCUGGCAUUUAUUGAAGAAGGAACACCAAACUUUACUGAGGAAGGCCUUGUCAAUUUCUCCAAAAUGAGAAUGAUAUCACACAUCGUCAGAGAGAUACGCCAGUUCCAGCAGACAUCCUAUCGAAUAGACCAUCAGCCAAAGGUCACUCAGUACUUGCUGGACAAAGCCCUCAUCAUAGAUGAAGAUACACUGUAUGAGCUGUCACUGAAAAUUGAACCUCGGCUCCCUGCUUGAAGAUUUGGCCUUGCCCUGGGUCCGGGGAAUUUUCAUGGAAGGGGGGACAGACAGAACUGUGCAUGCCAUGCCUCCCACAGUACUGUGAGGAUGGGGCAUGGAGACCAAAACAGGUCUCCUUUGUCCAUGGAAGACGGAACGUAACUGGAUUCUGUCUCCAGUGAGGGAAGCCAGCUGUUUGGGGUCAAAGACAGAUGCUUCAGACUUGGGUGGGAAGGUGAAAAGAAUGAUAUUUGGUAAAGUUGGUGGCACAUUCUGCAGAAAGAGAAUGUACUAUGGGAGUUGUGGUAGCCAUUUUAAUGACACAGGUAAGAGGGUAAAUUUCAAACUGUGCCCCAAGUUCUGUUCAAACUUGGGGAUGAGGAUUCCUGGACAAGGCCUCUGAUGAUUCUCUGGCACUUCACUGGGCUGGGCACACCUACCCAUCUUCUCCUGGGAUUUCACUGCCUCCGUUACAUUUCCUUUGUUACAAGCUUCCAGAAAAGCUCAGGCUUCCUGUGUAGGGAUGGGCUGGCAUCAGCAACUUCCAUCUACAGCAUGUGCAUGGAUUUCAGCGCAUGGAGGAAUACCGGCAUGUUCGGAAACUGCCUUGUCAGUCUUUAGGUAACAGGAGAGGAAAGAUAUGAUAAAGUCAAGCGCGUUUGUACAUAACAUUUCUUUCAUUGAAAACUCAGCAGGCUGUGCCCCGGAGGAUUCCAGCCAGUGGCUUCGUGGGGUGGGUGGGGGCUUCUUCCUGAGGCUGUGGUGCCCGAGAAGCCAACGCCCUUGGAGGGGCAGGUGCAGAGUUUGCAAAAGGUGCCCACGCACCUCACCGGCAAAACUGUGGAAAAAGACAGAGGCCACCGCGCUGUGGGGAAGAGCGGGUUGCAAUGCUAAGUGAAACGGCAUAGCACUUACAAGUCCUUGCACCCUGCUGUGCUUGUUUUCUUCCUUCCCCCUCACAGUAAUGUGGGAAUCCAUUCUGAUGUACACAAACCAUUUUUAGGCUCAUUUUGGAGAUUGGUUGUAUUGUUUUAAAAGUUGGUUAGUGAGAAUUUCUUUUUAAAACCCACACUUCCACAUGCACUUGGUAGACAGUUCUUCCCCCACCAUCUUUGUUUUUAAAUUUUUAUAUUUUUGAGUGGAAAUAUUGUAUGUGUAUGGAAAAAAGGGUCCAACCACUCAACAACUGUUAUAUCAGAAAACCAACUGCUGGGGGUAGUACUGCUAUUCUGCGAGGGAAAAGUGACCUUGCUAUUCCCAGGAUUGUCGGUUGUUGAAGAAAUGGGGCUCUCUCAUGUUUACCUCCCUCCCCUCUUCUCAGGGAGACCUCUGCUUUGUCAAAGAAGGAAAAGAAAAAAACAUACAGUUAUUGUUGUCUGAGCCUAUUGCACCUGAUAUUUUCACUUCGAGGCAUGAAGUGUAUCGAUGCUGACAAUGAACAAAACUGAUCUGUCUGGCUAUUUUCCCUCUUUCUUUGCACUUUAAUUAUGUUGUUAGAGCUAGUAGCUGACUAACAUCCAUCUUGCUGGCUCAUAAAACCUGGUGGAAGGGCCAGCUUUGAUAAUGUACCAUAGAGAUGGAGAGUGUACAUUUUUCCUGCAUGGUAAGGGCCAUCUCUGUACAUAACUAUAUAUUGAAAUAUCAAGUAAGUAAAAGAAAAUAUUUAUAAUAUUUGAGACUAUUCCAACAAUAUUUUCAAUAGCUCAUAUUAGCCAACAGUGUAGCACUAAGCCCAAGGAGGGUUACUUAUGGAUGCUUUCUUCUUCUUUUUUUACAGAAAGUUGCUUGUUUGUUCUCUUUAGUUUCAAUUAAGAGGUUGAAGCACCUUGAUGCAUGAUAAAAAGCAUGGGUUGUUUGGAUCCCAACAAUGCAUAACUUGCAAUGUAUUUCUCAGUGUUCAGAAACUGAGGGCUUGAACUGAUGUGUCAAUUGCACCAAGCACCUCAAAGUCCUGCAUAAGAAAAGAAAGUAAAGGUUAACUUUCGUGACUCAAAAACAGUCUUGGAAGGUGAGUGAAAACCAGGACAAUCAGUGAAAGGACCACACACAGUACUUUCAGGCAAAAUAACUCCUAGAAAUGUUAAUGCCUUCAGUUUUGCCUUGGAGUCCCUAAAGUCUUCCGGAGGGGAGGGGUUGGUUUUGUGUGUGCUUUCCCUGGAAGUUUGGAGCCGUAUUUCUCUGACUCAUAUGUUCCAGAGCCACUGCAGCCAUUCUUAUUAAAGAAAAUAGGUGAUAGAGAAAUUUCUAAGUUCUCCCCCGCUUUUGGUAUGCAGGUUUUCUUCAAGUAGUGACAAAGCUUUCAUGUUUAUUUCCUGCAGAAUGUUGGAAGCGCCCCCCAGUGGUCAGCAAUGGGCACUGCCAGUUGCUAUGCUGACCUUUAGCAUUUUAUUGAGCUUUCCAAGUUCCUCCAGCUUCCUGAAGCCUUGCUGGAUCGUGGAGAGAACCCCGCCUGCAAGGGAGUUCCUUUUCAUGACCUGCACCAUUUCUGAGCCAGUGAAAUGAUAGGAUAGGAGUGCACAUUUUAAAAGCCUCAAUUUAGUCACAUUUAAAAUCCCUAAGAGCAACUUGUGAUGUUUCCUCCAAUUGUUACAGCACCUAUCCUCUCUGCUUUGCAAGCUUCGUGUGUAUUGUUGGAGCCUGCACUCUCGGCUGCGUCUGCCUAUAUCCCAUUAUAUGAGACCCAUUUCUAAGAGGAGAUGGGAAGUCAGCCUCUAACAAUGAAAUAGCAAAUACUUUUAUUAUUUCAAAAUUAACCCAGAAAACCAGAAGUAAAAUUCCAUUUCAUGCUUGCAGAUGAACACCCACAUUUCAUACUAUCAAUGAAAUUAUCUUGCGGCUUUUAGGGGAUUCCAUUGGUUAUUAACUAAGACAUCCAGUUUUGCUACAGGGACAAAUCUCUUCCUUAGGCCAAUAUAUUAUGUGACAGACUCAGGCAUGAAGUAGAGUGUUGUCACUUUUCCUUAGUGUUUCUCUGAAGGAAUUUAAAGAGGGGGAUUUUAAACUACUGUUGUGAUAGCUUCAAGUGGCUCUCGCACAAUGUCCCAAUUACUGUUUGUUAAAUUUCAGUAUAUCUUAAAGUACUACUUAAAACAAAUGAAACUCAUAAAUAGUGAAUAACUUGAAAGAGAAACAUCCAUUACAUUUCAGUUUGGAGUGUGUGUGAUGAUGGACCACACCUCUUCUUCUCUCACGGUAUUAUAUGACACAGGACUUUUGGUCAGCAAUGAUUGGGCCACCUUUAAAUUCCCAACUGAAAAGAGUAAUGCAGCAAGAGGGGUUAUUCUCAAUAAAAUUAACUUUUAAAAUAAAAGGUUUUAUUUAGCAUUUCUUUUUAAAGUUUGAGUUUAUUUUUUCUGAAAAAAAAUAUUUCCGUUCAUUAUAAAGUAUAUAAGAUUAUUUUAAAAAUCCAAUCUGUAAAGUUUAUCAUUUUGACUACUAUUGAAAUGGGAUAAAAUGAUAACUAUUAUUUAUGGCUAGAGAAUAGAACCAGGUUAAUGUCCACAUCCAGAAGAAAUAAAUGAGUAAGAGUCCUGUUCUUUUCAGUAAGACAACAGAUUGUAAGUUUAAAUAAUGACUUGAUUACAGAUGCUACUGUGUGCAUCCUGGUAAUAAGACUUGAGUCAAUGAAAUCUAACCUAGUGACAUUUCUUCAUUUCAGUUAGUGACAUAAUAUUAAGGCAGGGCAGAGAUAAACAGAAAGUAGAAAACAACCAUUUUGUUGUAGUUAUGAAUACAUGAAUGAUUCCAAAAAUUCUUUAUCUGGCCUGCCACACAGCAUGGCUUUAACAUUAAGGUUGAUUGUACCUGAUCUCAUCUGCUCAAGGAAAA